UCGACCUAAGAACAUCCUUCUGCGCAUUGAACUUACAUUUUCUAUUAAUAACUUACAUUUUCUAUUAGUAUUUCAAUUGAUUUCGUAAAUUGUAAUUAAUUCUUAAUAAAAUAACAUUAAAUUCUUUAUAAAAUCAGAAGUGGGAUAAUCAGAACCUGUGUUUCGUAAAUUGAAGACUUACGGUUGGUAUUUGAAAAGAAGAACAUAAUUUUUAAAUCAAAAUAUGCUCACAAUGAAUAAAAAAUCGAUCAAAGAACUAAAAGACGAAUUAAUAAAACGAAACUUACCUCAUAAUGGUACAAAGCGACAAUUGCUUCAACGUAUACUCGAGUAUGAUAACGCGCAACCUAAAUCAACAAAUAUUUCGCAGGAAACUGCAUCAACAGAAUGCUCUUCCAACAGUUUCAUAGAUGAUGAUGCGCUUCGUGCCAGAGAAUGGGACAUGAUUCGUCGUGAAAAAGACAUCAUUGCAAAAGAGCGACAAUUUUUGGCUCAGGAUAGAUUACUGCGAGAAAAAUUAAUGUUGUUUUCAAAAUCAAGCGUACCUGCAUCCGAGCAGCGUGUACAUAAAAUCCAGUGCAGCAUUCGAGAAAUUGCAGAUACAAUUCCUUCGUUUUCACCCAGCGACAUAACAUCGAUGUCAGCCGAAGCAUGGGUUACUCGCGUUGAAAAUUUAAGGAAAGUAUACGAAUGGGAAGAAAAACUUCUCCUUAUGGCUGCUGCUUCCAAAUUGAUCGGACCUGCAAAGUUCUGGUGGGAUACAUUGCAAGAGUCGACAAUAUCUUGGGAACAAUUGGCAAGUGGAUUAAAACUUAAUUUCCCAAAUCGAUAUAAUGAGCUAGAGAUUCAUCAAGAACUUAUUAAAAGAGUUCGACGUCCAGAUGAAAAUAUCGAAAGUUAUUGUUUCGAAGUAAAUAUGCUAGGUAAAAGAAUAAACCUCACAGAAAAAUCUAUAACCCAAUAUAUUUUAACUGGAUUAAACGAUCGCGAGAUGAGUGCAAAUCUUGCAGCAAGUAGCUUCAAAGAUAUUCCAGAUCUUGUUGACAAAAUCAAGUUGUGUGAAAACAUAAGGAAAAGUUCCCGGUCAAAACCAAUUUCAAGCCACGUUAUGACACCAAUGUAUUCUAAGCCGGCAAUAAACAGAAGUUUUAAUUCAACUUGACGCAGAUUUCGACGAGGACGACGAAAAUGAUAGGAUGGCCGAGUCUAUAACAUCCCCGCUUCAAGCCAAUUCCAAUUCCAUCCGUUCCCCAAUUGAAUAAGGAAGUGUUCAUAACUGGAAUGGGACAUUACUCACUUCUCAUCUACAGCUCGACCUAAGAACAUCCUUCUGCGCAUUGAACUUACAUUUUCUAUUAAUAACUUACAUUUUCUAUUAGUAUUUCAAUUGAUUUCGUAAAUUGUAAUUAAUUCUUAA